AUGGCGGAGGGACACAAUCGACAGAACGGCGCCUCGAACUACCGCGAUCUCCGACACGAGAAUGGCCUGGUAGGCCCCGGCAAGCGCGUCCCCAAGCAGAAGAGCCAGAGUCCGCUGAAUGGAAAUGCGAAGCUGCCCCUCGACGAUGCGGCUGUCCCCUCGGCACCCCCGACACCCCCGGCACCAGCACCGGCACUAGCACCAGCAUCGCUACUCGGCACGAACGGUUACUCGAAGCAACCCCCCGCCGAGAUGCACGUGGAGGGUAGGACCGCCGAUUCUCUCAGGAGAGGCUCUCUCGGUGGCUUUUCCGAGUCUUCCUCCGCCGAAUCCUACCAUUCUCACGUCGGAAAUGCCCACCUGGAGGAGAGCCAUCGCCGGAUUGAUGUGAACGCUACCAAGAACUCCAACGUCCACCGCGAUCCCGGCCCGUUUGGUGUCGAUUUCGCCCUGACCGUCCUGCGCUCCUGUCCGUUGCAGGACACCAUCGCGAUCCUCAUCAUCCUCAUGCAGAUACCUCCUCUUGCCCUGUCCGGAAUCUACGUACUCUUCACCCUGCUCACCUUCGUAACUAGCAACGGCCUGACUUUCAGUGACGUAUUCGAAUGGAACCUGGGGACCCCUUCGCUGGCGACCGUCGUAUGCGUCGAUGGCAUCGUGCUUCUGAUUUGGCUAUUUCUCUGGGGCCCGAUUCAACAUGUCAUCCUGGAUCUGGCGCAGAUGGUUAUUGCCUUGGGGCUCGGUGGCGGUUCUAGUUCGAGGGACGGCGGUUCCAUGAAGAACACUCUUAUAUGCUUAAGCAUGAUCCUGCUUUCCCACAUCCUACGUCAUACCAGGAUGAAAUAUUCCCCUAUGGGGUAUCUCUUGGGCUCCAGCCGCUUCAUGACUCCCGAUAUCGACGAUCCCCUGGAGCCGCUGGAGUCUAUCCGCGGUUACGAUAGGGUCCAGACGGGUUGGUUCGGCUGGGUUAAGAGCAUAUUGGCUAUCCACAUCCUAACGCAGGGCUUGGUUAAGUAUAUUCGCGAUUGGUAUCUCAGACGGGAGAGACGAGACAUCCUAGCUCAGAAUGCGGCCGAUCCGGAGGCUGGGAAAUCGUACACGGCAGAGAAUGACGGCGGGUUCUCCACUCCGGAUAGCGACGCCGUCUCUCUCCAAAACUCGACAGCUCUGACAGCAUCAACUACGAAAAAGAAGAGGAAGCAGAUCGCCCAGAUCAGGAAUAAGCAACCGCUCUGGGCAGCGAUCGCUAGUACUAAGAUAGUGGUAAUGAAAGAAUACGAGCUUACUCAUGCCGCUGCCGAGUCUGCGGGAUCGAAUGCUACAGAUAUUCACAACCUUGGAAACGCCCCAUUCAACAAGCAGCCCGAGCAAAUUUGGAUAUCUUACGUGGGGUGUGACGAGGUGUGCUUUAGCACUAGUCACUUUCCUGCUGCUCUGGGGCCGACCCUCUCCGCCGACGGCGCAAGAAUCGACCCUCCGAAGCCAUUCUAUGUGCGAGUCAAUAAUGCAGUCUGGCAGCCUACUCGCAUGGUGCCAGUGCAGGAUUUCGACGCCGCCGUUGAUGACGAGGGAACUCGGUGGAGCGGGGACAUUUAUGGUCUCACCCCGCUGUCGAACUACGAGUGUGAAUUUGUCAGCUCUACAACUCACGAGGUUUUAUUCUGGACUAUUGUUAGGACUACGCAAGCAGAGUCAGCAGACGUCGACGCUAGCCUCUCGCAGCCUGCGCCUCAGCGCUCCUUGCGUCCCGAUUCGCCCAUCACAACGCUGAAAACGUCGAUUGCUGCAGCCGACAGCAAGUUGGCGGAGGAGAAGGCUCGUCAAAAAGCGUUGCGGAAGGAGUUUCAUCGGAAGGCGAACGGAUUGAAAAGGGAGAAUGAGAAACUCUCGGCAACUGUUCAGUCGGCUGGCACGGGGGACGACAAGCUGCGCCAGAAAAUACAGCAGAAUACUACGCAACACAAGCAGGCCGAGCAGGCCGUUGCGAACCUCGAAGCCGAACUAAGAGAGCUAGAGUCGAUCCCUGAAUCGCUUAAGUCUAUGUGGAAAGCUAAGCAGUCCUCUUGGGCCGGCGAGAGAGUCAAGUUUGAUAGCGCUGUGGGUGCGUUUAAAGACUUUAAGGCAUCUGUGGACCGUAGGAUCAAGGCUCUCGAGGAGGAGAAGACGGGCCUGCAAGCUAAACGGAACAAAAUCAGCAGUCGAAUUGCCAAGGUCGAUGGUGAGCAUGCACGUAUCGCCGAUGCCAACGCACGCGGUCUGGACGAGGCAGAGCGCCGGCGGCAGGCUCGAGAAAGCUACGAAAACGACAUUACCAAGAUUGAGCGUGAACUGAUUGCCAAGGUGAACGAAGUCGACACGGCCAUUUACAAUAAAGAGCAGGAAAACCUGGCGCUCAAGUCUCAACUCGACUUGUUUCACACGCAGCAACAAGCGGCCUAUGCCUACGCGGCUUCCUACGACUUGCCGGAUGCACCCGGCACCUUUUCGUCCCCAGGCCCACCGCCGCGAGCCCAGACAAAUCCGGUGAACGCAGCGCCGUAUGAUGCUACAGCCGCUUGGAGUAACAGCUUGUAUAAAUCGUCGCUUUGGGGCCCCUCGCCUCUCGCUCCGGGAUUCGUGCCUCACGGAGCCGUCACGCCACACGUCCAUCAUUCUACAACCAAAGCUCGGGGUCGCUCGUCAUCGAUGCUUAGCGAUGUCUCUGGUUUCACGCAAAGCAGCGUAGCCGAGGACGAAGGGAGCACGACAAUCUCUGCAUUUUCUCACGCCCGGGACGGUUCUGGUCAUUUGAACGUGCCUCCUGGUUUCGAAUAUCCAACACCAACCGGGCCGCGCAGCGACGUCGGAGGCGAGGCCGCGAGUGAGGGCAGCGCCAGUCUUAGCGACGAUAGCAUCGGAACUGGGAGCAUCAGGGACCCGACGAGCCCCGCGCCUCGCUGA